AUGGCUGUUAAAAAUAAUUCCCAGAUUCACUGGGAGAAAUUUAAAGAAAUACGUAACAAAGUCAAUUCAGAACUAACUAAAGCUAAAACAGCAUUUUUCUGUAACAAAUUUGAGAACUGCGCACAAUCGAAAGAUAUGAAACAUAGUUGGAAGUUAAUUAAUAUUCUCUUAGGUAAAAACAAAAAAUCAAAUAAUAUCUCUCAACUUAAAUGUGAUGAUGUUGUGAUUUCAGAUGAUACUUUGAAAGCUGAGGCGUUUAAUGACUUCUUUGUUAACAUCGGGGUAAAUUUGGCUAAUGAAAUUGAGAACGAUUCUCCAUGUACGAACUUUUCAGAUGAUGAAAAUUACCACUCUAACUAUUACUCUAAUAUAAAUUUUAAGUUUUCUGAAAUUAGUAUGGAUGAUAUUAUUUGUCAAUUACGUAAUCUUAAAAUUUCAAAGUCUAUCGGUAUUGAUAACAUCCCUGCUAUAGCUCUUAAAUUGUCUGCGGAAGUUAUUGGUCCUUCAUUAACAUGGAUUUAUAAUCUUUCAAUCAAAACUGGGAUAUAUGUUGAUGAAUGGAAAAAGGCGUGGGUAAUGCCAAUUUUUAAAUCUGAUGAUAGACAAAGAUGUGAAAAUUACCGACCGAUAUCUAUAUUGCCUAUUGUCAGUAAAAUACUAGAGAGAUCGGUUUUCAACCAGAUUUAUAAGAUUUUGAAUGAUAAUUCGCUGCUAUCUAAACAUCAAUCUGGCUUUCGGCCUAAGCAUUCAACUUUAACAACACUCAUUCAAAUGUGUGACACACUUUAUGAGAACAUGGAUAAUGGUCAGUUGAGUGGUGUUGUUUUCCUUGAUAUUAGAAAAGCUUUUGAUUCUAUUGAUCAUACAAUCUUAUUGCCAAAGAUGAAUGAUCAAUUUGGAAUAAAAAAUGUGGAACUGGAUUGGUUUAAGUCCUAUCUAACUAAUAGAGAGCAAGCAUGCAUUGUCAACGGUGCAAUGUCAUCACCUAAAACGAUUGUGUGCGGAGUUCCGCAGGGAUCAAUUCUUGGUCCCUUGCUGUUUUUAUUAUAUAUUAAUGAUUUACCCGAAUGCCUCGAAAAAACUUCGCCACACCUAUACGCUAAUGAUACUCAAAUUUCUACUUCUGCUAAAACUAUUGAGGAACUUACUGAAAAUCUAAAUAAUGACCUGAAAAAAGUCGGUGAGUGGCUUGCUUGA